AUGGCUAACCUCACGUACUCCCACCCCCGCACUUACGGCAAGGACUCGCGUCACUGCCGUGUGUGCAAGACCACCCGUGGUCUGAUCCGCAAGUACCACCUGGACAUGUGCCGUCGUUGCUUCCGCGAGCGCGCCACGGACAUUGGUUUCGUCAAGUUCGCUGGACGACGGGGAGAUGCGCGCGUGAUCAGUCGCGCUCGCUAACGCUGACGCCUGCGACUGCGCGUGCAAUGGAAAGAGGUCGUUUAGAUACGCCGAAGGACACGUCAUUUUAGUUCGUUCAGAGGAACCGAAGAAUGGAAGAAACGUUGCCGUCGAGGCCGCUUGUUGUUAUUCUUCGGGUAAUCGAAUGAAGCUAAAUUGCAAAAAGA